GCUUUCACUGGUUUUGAAACUGCUAACAAGUAUGAGAUCAAAAACACGGUCGGACAGCAAGUCUACUUUGCGGCAGAAGACAGCGAUUGCUGUACCAGAAAUUGCUGUGGAAAGACCCGCUGUUUUGACAUGAAGAUUCUUGACAACACGCAACGAGAAGUGAUUCAUAUAGAGCGCCCUCUAAGGUGUACUACCUGCUGGUGUCCCUGCUGCCUUCAGACCAUCACCGUUAGCUCGCCACCAGGUACCGUGAUUGGCUACGUCAACCAAUCCUGGAGCAUCUGCUUUCCAAAGUUUGCCAUUCAGAAUGAGAACCAUGAAACCAUUCUCCGUAUCGAUGGACCGCUCUGCCAGUGGAACUGCUGCGGAGAUGUUGAAUUUGAUGUGAUGUCUGCUGAUGGUAGCUCCAAGGUUGGUAAGAUCUCCAAGCAAUGGACUGGAUUCAUCAAGGAAGCUUUCACCGAUGCGGAUAACUUUGGUGUUUCCUUCCCAAUGGACCUCGACGUCAGGAUGAAGGCUGUUACCCUGGCUGCCACCUUCCUCAUCGAUUUCAUGUUUUUUGAGGAAUCAGGAAAUAAAAAGGAUCAGAAAAAAGCAGGAUUUUUUUAAAUCCGAGAAAAAAUUAACAAAGAACCUCAUUGAAACCUAACAUACUGAAUAAAUAAUUCUUGAACAAAAAUUAUGAAAUUCAAUCUUGAGUGAUCAUUCCUAUUUCAUGAUUAUUUGUACAUGAAUCGUUCAAAACCUGCCUACAAUACGUCAUAUGUAUUCCUUUUUACAAUUUCCUUCAUGUGUUUUAUUUUUAAUAGAAGUUUUCGGUUAAAAGGGAAAAUGUUGGUACUUCCAACCGAUUCAUUGCAUGAAGUGAAUUAUUCAAUUUGGAUAACUCUACGAGUCUACCGUAUUCAGCAUCAACUAUGACAAAGAAAUGUAUGGGCCCAUGCACAAGCAUAAAUAAGUCACUAUUGUCCUCAGACAAUUGGGCCCAUGAAAUGCUUUGUAGGAUCUGAUGCUGGAUACGUGCCUGGAUAAUGGAUAUGAUUUUAAGAAAUGCCAGUGAAUUUUGAAACAUAAUUUUUUAUCUUGGCCUUUUACAGAGAAAAUGUGUAUUCCAUGAUUUUAAAAAAAAAUGGGCCUAUUUCAAUUGGUAUAUUUCUAUAAGGGGGUUGGGUGAUUUGAAAUUACACCAAAAGUUAGAUUGACUAAAAGUUGCACAAGAUCACUGAAACUUGAAUUUGCAGAUUUUUUUUCAAGGAUUUGAUGACGGUUCAUGCAUGCGCUUUCAACAAUCAUUGAUGUUCAAAUGGGUAUUGUUAGUAUAAUAUUCUUGCUUGUACUGUAUAUUCUAUGGGUUUUGAUAUUUGGUCCAUCGUUAAUUUGUUGCAUGUUCGGAAUGCUGGAACUCGAAUUCCUUCUUGCCUGUGGCAUGUUGGCCAAGAUAUGGAAGUCACAACAUUUUUUUCAUAUUUCAUGGGAAAUAAUUCAUGAGGAGAUAUACAUGUAGUGCAGGAGUAUAAUUAAUUGUAUCUCCAGAUAAAAGAGUCAAUAGUAAUUGAAACUUGAGAGAAAGCCAGAUCUUGAGAGAGAAAAAGAAAUCAUCCAAUUUGCCAUGUAGAUUUCUUAAUUUUUUUACUCUGAAGAUUACAUUUGGAAUAAAUGGAAGUUUAGACAAAUUUUCUUUGGACCAAAUGGCAAUCCCCUUUUCUAUUUGUUCCAUUUAAUCACUGUAACUAACUACAUGUAUUGUAUAUUGGUGUAUAAUAUUGGAUAUUGAAUGUACAAAUUUGUGUGAACGAUGUUGGAAUGAUCUGAGGAGGAGUUUAUUUGUAUGCGCUCACCCCCCCCCCUUAAUUUUGAUUUAAUCACAAUUGAUCAUUCUAGGAGCGUUAUAGGAUUUUGCAUGAUCUUCACUCCAGGUCUUCACUAUAUAUAUCACCAUCACUUUUUUUGCUUCAUCUUUCAUUUUGUUCAUGCAUUGUAUGUUGAAUUUGGAUGAAAAUUCUCCAUCAGAUCUGGGUGAUCUUUUUCCCCCAUAAUUUUCUUGUUGGGGGAACAAGGUCAGAAUCUAUCAUAGAAUAUUUGCACAUGCUUCAAAUUUAUUUCAGUGAUAUUGUGCCAAUCUUGUAAAUCAGAGCCUUUCUGUGAUAAAUACCUCUUUAGAGACUUUUGAUAAAAAUGCUAACAACAAUAAUUAAAGUGAAACUUUAAAAUAUCAUUACUUUCUUACUUUACAUUCGAUUUAUUUUCAGAGUUAUGCAUGUUUGAUUUUUCUCUAUUGAUUCAAAUCAACAUAUUUAUGGAGUGUGCUUGACCUUUACUUCUAAAUCUAUCGCAGUAUAUUACAUAAUGGUGGGCCACUGCCAGACUGUAUGGGUAAAUCCCAAGUGAAGAGUCUUGGUUUAAACUGUAUGGACUGAAUUCACGAAGGUUGUUUUGAAAACCAUCGGUUGAAUCCAUGCAUGGUUUAUGCAGAUUUACUAUAAAUUACGCUUAUUUACCACGUAUAUUACAAAAGUGUCCAAUGCUGAUGUGCGCUUUUGUCACAGUGUGCCAAAAAGACACCUGUUGCCAUGGUUAUAGUACUUGUAAUAUUUUAUUUAUGAGUCAACUGUUCAGAAUUAUUGAGUCCAUUCUUCAAACAGUGGACUUAUGAAUAAAAUAGCGUACUUAACCAUGGCAACAGGCGUCAUUUUGGGGCACUGACAAAAGCGCGCAUCAGCAUUGGACAUUUUGUAAUAUACGCGGUAAAUAAGCGUAAUUUUGCAGGAAAUCUGCAUAAACCAUUGGUUCAAGCAAUGGUUUUAAAAGCCACCUUUGUGAAUUCGGUCCUAUGAGUUUCCACAUCCUGUUUUCAGGCUUUUUAUAUUAUUAUUUUAUUUUAAAAAGUGACAGUAGCACCAGAAAAUUCUGUUUCAAGGGUCAGAUACCAAAUUUAUAGACAAAGCAUAUGUACAUGUAGAUUUUGUUACAAGUUUGUACAUUGUUUUUUAUCAUCCCUAAAUUGGGUGACAUUCUGUAAAAUAUUGGAAGUACUUGACUGCUUGUAGAUAUACAUACUGUAUGUUUGUACUUUGUUGAUGUCAUCAUUUUAAGUUAAUCUCUGAAAUCAUUACUUUUUUUAGUUUUAUGGGCAUUUUUAUAGCUUUUCAUUAAAAAUCAGUUCUGUAGUUACAGUUAGAAAUUGUGAAUUUUUAAACAGCAUUAUGAAAGAAUCCAGUUUUAUUUAUGACUAGAUUAAUUUGAAGACGUCUUGUAGAAAUAUCAAUGAACAUUGAGGACGUCUUAAGGAGCCAAACCGCAGGGUUGUGGUUCAAAGCCAAAAGCGUUAUUAAUAACAUGUACAUGUGAGUUGUGCAAGAAGUUAUAGGGGUUUUACUUUUCUAUUGGAGUUGUACAUGUAUUUUGCUGUACUUGAACAAGUUCUAACUUCGACCAUUUUCAAUUUUGGGGGUACUCAUUAAUAAUCCCAUGUUUAGAAUAGGAAGGGAGUUCAACCCAUUUCAAUUUUAAUAGCGUGUUUGUUACAGAUCCUGGUGAUUCCUUGUUUCCAUGUAUAGGGAAAUUUAUGGUUUACGAACAAUAUUUGAGUCUUGCCAACAUCAAAUGAUCAUCUCAUAUUAAGUAGAAAUAUUUACAUUAGCUUAGAUUUAUUUGUAUGCAUUAUUGUUGAGUUGUUCAUCAUUCAUUACAAAAUUGAAUAUAUAAGGCUGAAUUGCUGAUAUAUACUGACUACAACUGGCUGAGUAAUGGUGAGGCUUUUAAAAAAAUGAAUUAUCUACCUUAUGUUGCAAAACAUUAAUAGUUUCUGAAAUAUUAUUUUUGAAAGAGGCAGGCUUGGUUUACUGACUACUUACUCUCAUCCAAGAUGUUUUUCCUCAUCUAUUAACACCAUUUUAAAGAAUUCAAAUUAGUAUCUUUGGUAUUAAAUGUACCAGUGGGAGAGGGCAAAGGCUGUGAAGUGUAGUAUUGAGUAGUACAUAGCGUGAAGAAAUAUAUCUCUUCAAAAUAACAAAUUGAAAGAAAAAAAAAUGGUUAAAUAUAUAAUUUCUAAAUAGUUAAAUGUACAUGUACAUGAAUAAUUGAUGUUGUGCUCUUUAUUUUUCACCUGUAAUUUUUUAUGUCUAAUUAUAUCAUUAAAUUCCUAAGUGCGUAGUGUGGCAAUUGCAGCAUAUGGAAAAAAACAAAAAUAAUGACCAUCUCACAACUCUCAUGCAAAUGCUGAAUAUUUAGAACAUGAAAAAUGUUUCAUAAUUAAUAUGCAAUUUACUCACUUCACAACUCAAGUGAUUCUCUUUCUAUUGUUGUAUAGUGUAACUGGAUUUUGUGAUCAUUGUGAAUUUUAAGUUUCUUUCAUGGCCUUAAAUUUAUAAUUGAUUUUUAUAAUAAUUACUUCAUAUUUUAUUAUACAAACUGCACAUUUCUUGUUAAUUGUACAAUCAAUUGAUUAAGACUCUUGAUUGAGGCAAUAGAAACACAGCAUAUAUUUUAUUGUGUAUUAUUGAGAAUCAAAUUUACCUGUGACAUUUUGGAAUAGAUGGCUGCCAGGUAUAUUUUGCCAAGAAUCAUUUAGUCUAAUUAUAAAUAUGAUUUUCACUUGUACAUAGUAUCAAUUUCAUUUUUAGGGGCAAUUUAUUGUUCUAUAUUACAUUGCAUCUACAGAACUUAGACCAUUUUACAAUUAUUUCAAUGUACCUAUAGUGUUUAGAAGGUAACCUAGUAUGCAUCUGUACUCAAAAGUUGUGCGAAAAAAUAUUCUACAAGUUAUUAAAAUUAAGAAACUAAUUUAUACGGUUGUGCUCAAAUGUUAGUGAACCCCACCCCAAAAUGCACUCCUUCGUGCUGUUUAAUGUACACCCAAUACUACAAUGUUUGGUGUGCCAAGAGAAACAAACUUUAUUGAAAUAUUUUAUCACCUGACUUCACAAUUAAAUAUCUGAAACAUGGCAGAACUUAAACAUGUUGAAUAAUUAUGUUCAUUUUUUGGUGGGGUUCACUAACUUUUGAGCACCACUCUACAUAUUGUGAAAGUGAUUGUAAUGAUAUAAACUGUAUUAUAUUUUAUUUACUCUUAUGGAAGCAUAAUUGUACUGUGUAAUUAUAAUUACAAUUAAAUUUCAUGUAUUCUACCUUAAACAA